UCUGAGAUAGACAAUAGCAUCGACGAUUUUUUAAAACAUGACAAAAUGUUGACAAAAUUGCCAACAGCAAAUCUCAAGAAGGUUGUGAAGCAGCGGUUUGAUGAUGCUAGUUUGCCUAAGACACAUGCAAUGACAUGGUUGAAUUAUCAGCUGUUUCUGCAGAAGCUUGCGAAGGCAGCUGCAGACAAUGCAAGAGAAGACAAAUCCGCCGUCAUCCGUGCACAACAUGUGCGCAGUGCUGCCAAGACAAUCCUGGGUUCAAACAAAGGAUAAAACAGCCAGAUGUGUUCAUCUUUCUUCUUGGGAAUAGUUUGUUUCCUAUGCCUGUAUAAGAAUUGCUCUCCUUUUGUGUAGAAGAUAAGAACUUCUAGAUGUAUUUUCUUUGAUGCACAUAUGGAGGGGUGAACGCAAAAACGUCCUAAGUGAUAUUAGGUAAAGAAUCAGAUAAAAGCUUUCUGCCGUCACCUUCGAUGAAUGAAGUAAAAUACCGGCAGGAUAUACAUUUUGUAUGUGAUAGUGAGAGAGAAUAACAAAAAUAAAAUAGUUUGAUGUAAAUACAAAUGAUAUACCACUGGUAUGUUUAGAGAUGAAAAUACUACACAACAUGGUUCUUAAUGCAAGAGACAUCUUCAGAGUAAAUAUUUGUACAGAAAUAGUCAUGUCUUAAAAACAUAAAACAUGAGCACUUCAACACACCAUGAACACUUCAACUUGAACAGGGAAACAGCUACAACAGACUUUAACCAAUGAACAAAGAACAUGUUGUUUUUUUAAGAAAUUUGUAAACACUCCAUAUAGAACUUGUUAAACAGGCCCCCUAACAUCUCGAAACUUGUGAAGUCCCAUAUAACCAAAUGAAGCUUAGCUCGCUAAAAAAAAAUCCUUUAAUUUGUGUAAUAUUUAUUUAUCAAAGAGUUUUUAGACUUAAAAUAGGAAAUAUCUUUAUGAUAAUCACAAUUAACCAUUGUUCAAAUUUAGGUACAUGUAUGUUUUUUGGUUAAUUGGAAGAAGCUUCUGCUUAGUGUAAGAAGUUUCUAGAAAAUAGGACCAAUAGAUUAAAAGCUAACAUUUAAGCAGUUCUUAAGAAUAUAUCGCAGAAAUUAUCAUAACAUGGCAGCGAUUUUUUGUUGUUGCAAUUUACUGCCUUUUAAAAGCUGUUUCCCCUUACCAAAAAUGUCCAUUUUUCUCCAAAAUGUUACAUUUUUCCCAAUUUGAUUAAUGUAGAUUACGUUAAUGAAUUAAAAUAGCAAUGAAUUUCUUGAAAUAUGAACAAAAUCUUGACAAAACUUACUCUUUCACAGCUUAAUGUAAGCAUAAAAGUUAGAACAUGUAUAUUUACCAUUAUAUUAUCUAUUUUGGCUUAAUUUAGUAUUAAAUAAUUUUUCCCAAAGUCACUUUUUUCCAGAUUUGCAAGGCACAGGCGGUAAAAAUAAUUUCAAUAAAAAUCGCUGCAUGGUAUGCAAAGUACUAAAAUAUGGGCAGUGAAUUUAAAUGCUUCUUAAUAUUCAAUGCAUUUUUAGACAAAGAUCUUGGAAACUCAAAUAGAUCCCUCUACCUAGGUAAAAAGGUUGAUUUAAAGUUAGUGUGUAAUAACCUAGAACGACAUAUGAAAUCAUUGUAGCAUAUUAACGCCAAUAAAUUUUCCCCUAUUGUCCAACUACCUGUAUUAUGUUUAAAAUAAAUAACCAAAUUGA